AUGGCCGAAGGCAAAGCCGCGAACCCCAUGCGGGAGCUCCGCAUCCAGAAGCUCGUCCUCAACAUCUCCGUCGGCGAGUCUGGUGAUCGUUUGACCCGUGCGGCCAAGGUGCUUGAGCAGCUGAGCGGUCAGACUCCCGUCUACUCCAAGGCCCGCUAUACCGUCCGAACUUUUGGUAUCAGGAGGAACGAGAAGAUUGCCGUCCACGUUACCAUCCGUGGCCCCAAGGCUGAGGAGAUUCUCGAGCGUGGCCUGAAGGUCAAGGAGUACGAGCUUCGCAAGCGCAACUUCAGCGAGUCCGGCAAUUUCGGCUUCGGCAUCAGCGAGCACAUCGACUUGGGCAUCAAAUAUGACCCCAGCAUCGGUAUCUACGGUAUGGACUUCUACGUCUGCAUGACCAGGCCCGGCGAGCGCGUUGCCAAGCGCAGGCGGGCGAAGGCCAAGAUCGGCGCUUCCCACCGCAUCAACCAGGCCGAGACCAUCAAGUGGUACAAGAGCCGCUUCGAGGGCAUUGUCCGGUAA